AUGACGAAAGUGAAGCUGACGAAGAUCGAUCUUGAGUGGGUACAUGUGAUCAGCGAAGGGUUCAUGAGAGAAGACGAGUAUCUUCAGAGUCUACAUUUCAAUUCUCUAAGGAUGAAUGAUGGGUCUCUUGUCAACAUGUCUCUUCCUAUUGUUCUUUCUAUUGAUGAUGAGACUAAAGAAAAGAUCGGAGUGUCUAAGAAUGUUGCUCUUGUUAGCCUUCAAGGAGAUAUCAUCGGUUCCCUGCGAAGUGUAGAGAAGAAAGAAAGGAUAGCUAGAACUUGGGGAACUACUUCUCAAGGACUACCUUAUGUCGAAGAACACUCACUCCCUCUGGAAACUGUUUUCAAGCCUAUAAAGUACAACGAUGGGCUUGAUCACUACAGGCUAUCUCCUAAACAGCUCAGAAAAGAGUUUGAUAACCGCCAAGCGGAUGCUGUGUUUGCAUUCCAGCUAAGAAACCCUGUGCACAAUGGCCAUGCUCUUUUGAUGAACGAUACACGUAAAAGGCUUUUGGAGAUGGGUUACAAGAGCCCUAUUAUGUUGCUUCAUCCUUUAGGUGGUUUCACAAAAGCUGAUGAUGUUCCUCUUGGUGUUAGAAUGGAACAACAUAGCAAGGUGAAAACUCUCAGCCUUGUCAAAUCAUUUGACAUAAAGAUAGAUUACUCAAGUUCAAUGGCACGCCAAGGCUCUAGGAUCAACGCUGGUGCUAAUUUCUACAUUGUGGGACGUGAUCCUGCUGGAAUGGGACAUCCUACUGAGAAGAGAGAUUUGUAUGAUCCUGAUCAUGGGAAGAAAGUCUUGAGCAUGGCUCCUGGACUUGAGAAACUAAAUAUCCUUCCAUUUAGGGUUGCAGCUUAUGAUACAAUUGAGAAGAAGAUGGCGUUGUUUGAUCCAUCUCGCGCAAAAGAGUUUCUUUUCAUUUCUGGAACAAAGAUGAGAACGAAAGCAAGGACAGGAGAGAAUCCACCAGAUGGGUUUAUGUGUCCGAGUGGAUGGAAUGUUCUUGUCAAAUACUAUUAG